AUUUGGUUUUGUAUUGUAUUUGUAUGGGGUGGGUGGGUUUCUUGUAAUUAAACUCGAAAGACGUGGCCAUUUUGUCUCGAGCGGGAGGCCGCUAAUUUUUUGAAUUUUGAACGGCAAACAGUGAAGGGACUGAGUCUGAGUGAACACAAGAAAACAGAGCCAAAGAAACAUUUUCUAUACUGAUUAGUAUUACCAAAACAAACAUUUAUUUUAAUAUACUGAGAGCAGAGCAGAGCAGUAGCAAUGAAGUUUCAAUACAACAGUGACGAGUUCUUCAUAGACAGAGCAAAAACCCCACUUUCAGAAAUUCCCCUUUGCUUUUUUGCCAACUUUGUGUCUGUUUCCUCGGAAAAAUCCCCUGUUAUUGGUUCCGUAACUGCUCAUAUCGACCAAAGUUUUAUUCUUUUCAAGGAGAAACAGGAAUUUUAAAUGCUCUUAUUAAAAGCUCUGCUCCUCUCCAUCUCAGACGUUGUUUGUCGUUUGCUUGACAAGAGUCAUUAAGACAUUUAAAAACUUACUACCCUUUUUCUAUACUCAUAUGUUUUUUCUGUAUUUCUUCUAUUCACUCUCUCAAGUUCUCUCUUCCUCAAAAAUCUGUCCAUUUUCAAAUUUUUGUACUGGGAAGCGAAGAGUUUUGUUGUCACUGAAGGCUUGCCGCAGAUGGGGGCUUCAGGAAAAUGGGUUAAAGUUCUGAUAGGGCUCAAGAAAACUGAUAAAGAUGACACUGAUAAAGUUGUUGGAAAAGGCAAGAAAUGGAGGAUAUGGAAGAGGUCAUCAGGGGAUCUGAUAGGGAAAAGAGGUUCCAAGAAAAAUGGGGGAAUUGCGGGCGGGGGUGGGGGUGGGACAGAUUUAUCAUCGGAUACUUUCAGUGCUGCUGUUGCAACUGUUGUCCGGGCUCCUCCUAAAGAUUUCAGGGUGGUGAAGCAAGAAUGGGCUGCCAUUAGAAUCCAAACUGCUUUCAGAGGAUUUCUGGCAAGAAGAGCGCUACGAGCAUUGAAAGGUUUGGUUCGGCUCCAAGCCAUAGUCCGAGGCAGGCAGGUUCGGAAACAAGCUGCGGUGACGCUCCGGUGCAUGCAGGCACUGGUUCGAGUACAGGCUAGAAUCAGAGCUCGGCGUGUGCGCAUGUCUGAAGAGGGACAGGCCGUGCAGAAGAUCCUACACGAACGCCGUGGCGGCGAUCCCAUCAAACAGGCUGAGGAAGGAUGGUGUGAUAGCAGAGGCACCCUGGAAGAAAUCAAGGUCAAGAUACAAAUGAAGCAGGAGGGAGCAGUGAAGAGAGAGAGAGCUCUUGCAUACUCUCUCGCUCAAAAGUGGAAAUCAGGUGCACCCUCCUCCUUAAGAUGUUCUGAAUUCGAUCAGAGUAGCUGGGGAUGGAGCUGGCUAGAACGCUGGAUGGCAGCCAAGCCCUGGGAGAACAGGCUGAUGCUCAUGGACAACAAGGACAAACAGAAAGAGAAAGAGAAAGCCACCAACACCAUCUUGGAGACAACACCACCGCCAUCCAAGACCUGCAGCAGCUGCAGGGAUCAUAAUUAUACUAAUAAUGGUAGUGGUAGUGCUGUCUCUGUAGGAAAUCUUUCGAGGUCGUCCCAAGUUAGUUCGGGGAAAACUAGGAAGAACAAUGUGGCAGCCGCAGCAGCAACAAGAGCAAAGACAACACCAUCUUCUUCCAGCCCCAGCUCUGUCCUAAGGUAUGAUGAGAGCUCUCCUUCACCUUCAGUGCCAGUGCCGAAUUACAUGAGCAUGACCGAAGCGACCAAGGCCAAGCAGAGGACCGGCUGCAGAUGCAGAUGCAGAGCUCAGAGGCAGUCCAUGGACGAGUCUCAGUUUCUUAAAGCCUCCAUUAAUGGCACCUCGGAUCCUAAUUGUGCCAUCCCAAUCUCCUCUGGAUCACUCAGAAUCGACAAUAAAUUCUCCCACAACUGAAGAGCAGCCUCCAACCGAUGUGAAUCUUUCAACAGCUUCUUGUCCUAAUUAUGUCACAAACCUAUAAUCAAAUCAUAUUGUGCUGCCAUGCCAACUAGAGCUUGAUUCUUCCUCAAACUGUCUUGUCUGAUCUCAAAUAUUCCACACAUUCUGUAAAGCUUGUAAGUUCUGUGUCGUGUUCUGUUAAUAACGGAUGGCAGCAGAUGUUUUUAAUAUAGAACCUCGUAUAUAUCGAAACAGGCCACCUCUUCUAGCAGUGGGCCUGAAGUCAGUGAGUCCAGAUUAGCUUUAACAAGGAGAAGAGAAGCUUGUUGAAUCUACAA